AUGAAAGCAAAUGGAGCAGAAAUAUCAUUAGGAUAUGAUGGGAUUAAACAAGAUGAAAAUGUUUUGGAAAUGUUGGAUGGAAAUGAAUUGAGAACGAAUUUUUUCGCUCGAAUAGAAAAAUGCUUUAAUUUGAAGGAACAAUACUUUUGCUGUUGCAGUAUCAAUAUUUGGAUGCUAACCAUAGCUGCUAUUACAAUAGUUACUGCAAUAAAAACGCAAAUUGCCCUGCUAAUUAUCGAUGGUUUUACCGGUAGCCCAAUUAGUUUCAUCCUUAUCUUCCCGGUAUGGAUUUCUGGAAUUCUUGCUAUAUUUGCAUACAUACACAAGAUGCCAUUACUCAUCUGGCCAUUCAUUGCUUUCUUGAUUUUUAUUAGCUUGUCGGUAAUUGCUUUCCUAAUUUACUUUACCAUGAUUGCUCUUCCUGCAAAAAUUAACGGUGAUAUAUUUAAUUUACUUAUAAAAGUUAUCUUUUAA